AUGGACGAGGAGGAUGAGAAAUGUGUGGACCUUCGCCACGCAUGGAGAACUUUUAUGGUUCCUCACAGCAAUAAGAGAGAAGGGCCUCCAUGUAGUCGAUGUGAUGGGAAGUACACACUCCUUCGUUCCUACCGUUUGGUCGGAACGGAUACGGACGAUCAGCCGCUUUUCUUUCUUUCUCUUAUUAGUCCAAAUCGAGAACUGAUCAGCACGACAGCGCACCUGUUCGUUCAGUUCAAUGGCCAGUUCCGUGACUGUGUGGCAGAGAACGAAAACAGAAUGAUGGCGAUGCGUGCCCUUCACGAACGGCAGCUUGCGGACCUGGUGGAAGCAGAAAACCGAGAUACCAGAGACAUGGUGGUGGGUUCGGAGUUAACGCGGAAUUUUGUUUUGAAACACCAGAGGGAACUGGAGGAACUGCAGCGGGAGUGUCGCGAAAGGGAAAUAUCUGUCGAGUUGGAGGUGCGGCAAAGUCUACUUGCCUUUUUGAAAACUUCUGCGCCCGAUGCCUUGACUGCCCUUGCGAGGGAAGUUGGAAGAGAGAAAUUGCGUGCAGAUACUGAUCAAUUAACUCGUAUCACAGACAUGGCACACUUUGUCGCAGCACCAGUUCCUGUGCGGGCAGUGGAACUGCCCAAUCCUCUCUGCCACGAGAAGGUUGGGGCUCACUCGAAGGAUGUGUCACUACGGCCGGUUGUUGUGGACGUUUCACCGACAACAUCUUUGCAGGCUUGUCUCACUUCCUUGUAUUCCGCAGAACGGGAAACGGCGCCUGCUGUGGCGGAACAUCUUCUUCGUUUAUCACAGCAGACUCACGCUGUGCUGUUGCUUAUUGGUUCGCAGGCGGAGGCGGAAUCGCUUCUGUCGACUCCAGCUGCUGAACUUUUUCUGAAGAACUCGUUUUACUCCGGCGGAUCCCCGCAUUUUUUUCCGUUAAAACGUCACUGUCACCUGAAAAUGAUGCUUUCCACACGAUUUUGGGGAGCCAAUAUUAUUUUUCUUUGGACGCCGCCCAAACAGGAGGGGCAUCCUUCAGGAUGGCCACUUGUCGUGGAGGAUGCACUUCAGUUGGCAUUCUCAUGGAACGCGGACAUGUUCUCCGUGGCCGUAAUGAAAUCUUCUAGUUAUUGGCAGGGGACAUCCUAUCGGAGCUCCAUCGAGCAGGCACAGGAUGUCUCCAUGGCGGUUCUGCGUCAGCUGCAGCGUGGUGUGGCGCGCCUUGCGCAUGAAGCAGCGGGUGUAAAACUCUCCACAACGUGGGGGAUGCCAGAGGCACCUGAUACACACACGUUACCGCGGCCGCAGCGAUGGGAGGAUGGUUAUGUUGUUAAAUCUCCCGCCUCAGUUGGGAAACCACAAGUGAAGUUUAAUACACAUAUUGCUAUUCGUGCAUUUUUUCCGUUUUCUGUUUCUCAAACAGAAGAGGAGGAAGGCUUGUCAUUGCGGGAUAGCGCCCCUGUAAUCAAUUCCUUUUCUUUGCUACUGUUGCUGCUGAUAACUCAACGGACCGGGGUCGACGGACGGGACGGCGGAGACGUAGCAUGUCUACUGCAUCCCUUUCAAGCGGUGGAAGUUUUUCAAGCGAGUUGGCGGUAUCACAUAAAAGAAGUUCUCGCCUGCAGCAGCCAAUGUCUUUUAAGAAGUUGCUCGUGUACACGUUUGGUAAUGCUGUUGUGGUUCAUUGACUUCUCCGUUCUCUCUCUCCGUCUCCUCCUUUGGCUUCUUUACCUCUCGAACUGUAAAGCAACCUGCACGUGGCAUCGGAACCCCUCCCGUUUUGGCUUCAAACGAUGA